AGACCCUGCCAGAGCCGGGCCGGGCCCGCGCUGAGUCCUGAGCGCCGCGUACACCGGCCCGACCCGACCCGGGUUGCGGGGGACCGAAACGGACACCAGCUUUACCUCAGCCCAACUCAACGGAAGCAUCUGGUGCUCCGUGGCUGCCUGGUACCGUCUCCCUGCUUUUUGCACGUGUCUUUUUGUUGCUAGUGUUUUGUUCGCUGACUGUUGAGCCGGGCAUUGUUUUUCAGGCCCGGGCACAGGCAUUUUUGCACAAAGAUGGAUUUUAGACUUUGCUCGGGAAGGGAAAGGGGCGAGAUGCGGGCUGCCCGCCGGCAGGGAGCUUUGCCUCCAGGCUCGCUGCAGCCCUGUCAGGCCGGCUCCGGCUAAACACCCGAGGUGCGAAUCUACAGAGCCUGAGGAACGGGCCGCGGUCGCGGGUCCCCUCCGCUCAGCCGCCCCCGCCUCGGCGCUGCCGGCCGCCAUCUUGUGCGGCGCAGGGGGGGCGAGCCCGAGCUGAGGUACCGCGAGGGCCCCGUGUGUCGAGCCGCAGGAGCGGGGGGCGGGCGGCUGCCAGGGCCCGGGCCGCCUUUGAGCGCAGUGAGGCGCCAGAGGCGCGGCAGGCGCUGGGCUCGGCGCUGGCAGCGCCUGCGUUUUCGCGAAGGAGGCCAGUCAUCAAGCAGCCCUGAAACACGAUUUCCCUGCGGGGCCAAGCCUGGGUCCUGCUCCUGCCGUCCCGCCCGUUGCUUUUCCCCUGCCGCAGGCAGAGCACGGGGAAGUGUCUGCCCUCCCGACCUAACCUAGGGCUGCCCGUCGUGCGUCCCCUGCCGUGUUCAACCCUGUAAAUGUCUCCCCUCCGAGUAGUUUGGUGACUUUUCAAAGUUCUAACUGCACAGCAUUUUUUCAAACAAAGAAAAAAGAACCCAAACCAGGUAUCUAGAAAAUACAGGACCAAAAAAUUGGUUUCUUGCACCUGUUCCAUCUAUUGCUGAAAUUCCCAGCACUCAGGAGCUAGAGAAGGAAUUGGAAAAAAAUAACCAUCUAGGUAAAAUAUAUACAAUUCAUUUUUUACUAUGCAAACAAAAUUAGAAGACAAGUAUCUGAUUCUCCCUCACUCCAUAUGUGGAGCGUUAAUGUGAAAAAUGCAUGCACAUUUAGAAAAAUAAAAUCCCUGGUUUAGGGUAAAAAUAUUAUUGUUCAUGUUCUUAUGGGGCAAAGGAAGUAGAAUCUAGACAUAAGUCUUUGCUGAGAAUUUCUAAGACAUGAGGUUGUCAUGAUAGUCAUAUACAGCCCUUGGUGUAAAGAUUUGCAAUGUGUGGGAAUUGGCAUUUUGGGAGAGGAGAAGUAUGCCCAUAACUUUAUUGGUUCUAGAAUGUGGUACAGAAGCAUAGGAGACUGUGAGAAGCAGCUGUAAGAAUGUGCUAGUCCUCUUCUGGUCUAUGGACCAGCGCAGCAUUCGGGAAAUACAAAGGUGAUAUAAAUCAACCUUUUUCUGUCCAUAUUUGGUGUGAGCCUUUGAAGCUGUACCACUCAUGAGGGUCAGCUUAGCCUCUGCCUCAAUAACUUUUAUAAAGAAUAACUUUUUAAAGAUUUAUCCUUUGGAGUUUCCACUAUGAGAAACUCUUCCCAUGAAAUGUUAGUGCUCCACAGUCAAAAAAUAAACUUGUGCAGCUAAAUAAAGUUACUUAGGCUUAUGAAAAUAAGCUCUUAAUAAGCUAUUAUGUAGCUAUCACAAAUAUAGAGACUCUAUUUUUUGGUUACAAAUAUAUGCCAUUAAAUUACAGGAUGGUAACUAAUUCUGUCAUUCACAAAUUACAGGCAUAACCCAAAAGUGUGGCAUAGGGACUAUAGCUCUUAUUCUUACUAAGAACUUGAGGAUUGAUAUAUGUUUUAGAACAGGGGCGCUCAACUGGCUGCCUAUGAGCUGUAUGUGGCCCCCAAAGGGUUAAGCUGCAAUCUCCAGGCCUCUGGUCCGGACCACUGCCUCCCUACCACUCCUGCUGCUGCUUUUGCCAGUCUCCAGUCUCCCCAUACCUCCUCCAGCUUCCAUUUGUUGCCCCCAUCCUGGGGGCAGGGCAGCACAGGUCAGAAUGGAGCAGCAGAUGGAGUCUGCAGCCAGGGGACUUGGUGGAUCCCAGAACUUUACAAGAUGUGAGAAUGCAGUUUAGCAGAGGGGUGCCUGCCACAUGGUGGUAGGGGCAUCUGGUGCAGUUGGGGCUAUGCAGCAUGAGUGUAUAGUAGACGGUUGAUGGCAUGCCAGCAGUGAUUUAGCUUCUUCAAUCAUUGAAUGUUCUUCCAAGAAGAAGGAUUGUUGGGAAGAGAUGGAAUCCAUCUGAUGAAGAGAGGGUAGAAGAGUGUCUUUGCAGACAGGCUUGCUAACCUAGUGAGGAGGGCUUUAAACUAAGUUCACUAGGGGAUGGCAACCAAAGCCCUGAGGUAAGUGGGAAAGUGGGAGACCUGAAGGAAAAGCAAGCAGGAGGGCGCAACAAGUGAGGUGUUCUCAUACUUUCUGAGAAAUCAGGGCAAUCAACCAGUUACUUCAGGUGCCUGUACACAAAGGCACAGAGUCUGGGAAAUGAGUAGGAAGAAUUGGAAGUCCUCACACAGUCAAGGAACUAUGAUGUGUGUGCCCGCCUCCGCUCUAAUAGGUGCUCUCGCGCAGCCUUCGCCUGGGCCAAAGAUCUUGUCUGCCCUGGGCUCGCGGGUGGACCCCACAGGCUACCCCUGCUGAUGUCAGGAGGACCCCUUAACUCGCCUGCCACAACUUGAGAUGGAAUUCCAGUGGGGGGGUCCCCCCUUGGGGCAGCCUCCAGGGCCAUCACGUUUCCCGGUGGGCACUCUUGGGGCUCUGUCCUUCCCUACACCCCGGCCACUCGCUACCUUAAGCUCUCCCUCUUCUGGCUUCCACGGUGUCCACAGCCUCCCACUCUCUUGCUCCCGACUUGUCGGCUGUCUGUAAAGAUCUUCGGGCUCGACGUACAGCCUACUGGGGUCGCCAGCCCGGCCCUUCCACCUCGGCUCCUACUAUUCUAGCCUAACCACCCCGUGACAGUGUGUGCCUAUCCCACCACCAGGUUCUCUAAACUAAUUUGCCCUGGGGGCCCACGGGGGGACCCCUGGUCUCUGGACCGUGUGGUUUUUUCCCUCUCCGGAUUUGGGCCCCACCGCCCAAGUAGCUUCCGCGCUGGGGUUGCUGGGUACCUUCCGCCUCUCCAGGCUGCCGGGGCCACGAGGUUGGUUGUCCGUACCUGCUCCGGGACUCAGCCCAUUUGCUAAUUCCGCCCCCAACGAGGUCCCGUUGGUCCUGCCCCAGUGUUACCUCGCAUAGGAGCCCUCUGUGGAUGCUGCUGCCGUCUCAGCAGUGGGGGUGACUGUUACUCUCCCCGCCGAUGUGGCACCAGAUUUCCUCCCCGGCUCCGCUGUCAGUCACCCUGCCAGCUCCUCCUUUAGCUCUACUGCCAGUGAUGCAGUCGGUUCCUUCCCCGGCUCUGCUGCCAGUCACCCUGUCACGGCGGGGUCCUUCAGGAGGGCCGUGAUCUCCUCGAGGUCCCUCACACCGUGUCAGGCCGGCCCAAGGGCACCCUCUAAUUCUCGCCUGCCACGUCUUGUUGGAAAAAUGUAAUAGGGAGGCUGCCUUGUGUCUUCCCUGGGCACGGCUACUCGGGACCUCUGUCCCCGCGGUUCUUCCGGACCCCCUGGGGUCUCCCGGUACAAUGGGUGCUUCCUAGGCACCCCAGCCUUAUGGGCUAUGUGUGGCUCCUACCAGCCCCUAAUACCAUGCCCCAAGCCUCGCAGACGUACUGGACGUUGGACCGUCAACAUAACACGCCCAUUCUCCCGGGCCUCCUCUGUAAUCUCGCCCACUCCUGGGCCUCCCCUGUAGUCUAGCCCACUCUGGGCUCUCUCUAAUACCCAGCCUCUCACUGGGACGCUCGCCCAGCCCACUCUGGGCCUUCCCUGCCGGUGUGGUCCCGCUCAGGGACUCUCUAGCGGGCCCCUGGUCCUUCAGGCCAACCGCAUGGGUACCCUCUCUGAUUCAGGCUCGUCGCACUGCUAUCCCCUCUCCUCAGGGACAACCGCAGCACCUUGCCUCUGUCUGAGGGGUGUUGCUGCACUAGCCUACGGCCGGGCUUGCUACGCCCGUCUCGGGCUUCUCAGUAUGGCGCUCCCCCUCUUCGGGGCUCGCCGUACCCACCUUGGGCUUCUCAAUAGCCCCCCCCUUUCUUGGGGACUCGUUGGGCCCACGCUGGGCUCCUCUAAAGUGCGCUCCCCCUUUCUGGGGCUCGCCACGUCUAUGCUAGGGCUUCCUAGCACUGCCCCUUUCUGGGGCUCGUCAUGCCCACUCUGGGGCCUCACAAAGCCGCCCCUCUCCGGGGCUGGGGUCUAGGUACCCCGCACACAACCCGGGGUCUUCGUUCCCCCGUCUGCAACCCACUGGUUGCGCCCGCAACCCACUGGUUGCGCAGGAUAAUGCGCCCUCCUCGGGCGCUGGGGCCCCCACACUCCCGUGGGGCCCUUUAUGAGGCCUCCAACCCCUACAGCCUCACCCAAACCUCCGGUUGUAAUAACAGAGCCAAACAAACACAAGCCUUCUGGCUGUAACGCAAACAUAAAGCCCCCUGGCUAAACCAUAGAGCCCAAUCCUCUCAGGGCUAUCAUGAGCUGUACUUGCAAGUCGGGCUUCUCCCCAUAUCUCGGCUGAGGGAGCUCCUGCCUCUCCGGCUGCUGGCAGAGAACUGCUAGCCUGGCUUCGGCCCUGGGCUUUAUAAGGGCCAGGCCCUGCCCCCUUCUGGCCAGCUGGCUCCCCUUAGUUGCUCCGGCAACCUGCAGCUGUGCUCACUUAGUUCUGCCAGGGCUCUCUCCCUGGCAGUUUCUCCUCUCUAGGAGCAGGACACACCCAGCCAACUCCUCCUCCAGCUCUGCUGCCAGUGAUGCAGCCGGUUCCUUCCCCAGCUCUGCUGCCAGUCACCCAGCCAGCUCCUCCUCCGGCUCUACUGCCGGUGAUGCAGCCAGUUCCCUCACCGGCUCUGCCGACAGCCUCUGAGCCGGCUUCUCCACUGGCACGGCUGCCGGUUGCGUGGUCAGCUCUCUCAGGGCCCGCUCUGGCCCCGCCCCUUGUCUUCCCCGCAGCCAAGUGCGGCGGUUGAUCCCCUCCACGUGAGGGCUCACUCCUCCGGUCUUGUCCCGUCAGCCGCCCUGCUGCCUCGUCAGGGCCACUUUUUAUCCCUUCCGGGCAGCGUCCUCUGCCCCGCUGCUCUGCCACAGCAGAAUAAAUGCCCGGCUGAUCACCCGUGCCGGCGUUUUCGGUGCGCGCGCCUCCUCCGGCUCUUCCAGCUCUACGAGAGGUAAGUGGGACUCUUUGCUGCCCCGGGGUUCCUUUGUUGCCCCAGCUCCCCUGGGACAAUGUGAAUGGAAUAGCAGACUUGGUGGGAUAGCUCACGUGACUGGAGCAUUGUCAUGGACGGGUACAAACUGUUCAGAAAGGACAGGCAGGGGAGAAGAGGAGGAGGAGUUGCACUUUAUGUAGAGCUAUAUGGUUGCUCAGAGCUCCAGUAUGAAACUGCUGAUACCUGUUGAGAGUCUCUGGGUUAGGGUCAGGGGAGUGCAACGAGAGUAAUGUCAUGGUGGGGGUUUGCUAUAGCCAGUGUUUCUCAACUAGUGGGAUGAGAAGGUCAUGUAGGUGGCACUUCAACUCAUUGCCCAAUUGAAAAAAUCAAAGUAGUUCACACUUCAGAUAGAUGAAUCAACAGGUAUCUUGAGUAGGGCAAAAGUGGACCAGGGUUUUUUGACAAAGUGGUUGGUGGGACGCAAGGUGCAAAAGGUUGAGAACUGCUGCUGUAGACCACGAGAUAAGGAGGAAGUGGUGGAUGAGGCUUUCUUCAAACAGCUAGCAGAAGUUUUUGAUUAGGCAUGGAUUAGACACGUGCUUUGAUCAGUUCCCGCUAGUUUUCAUGGGGGACUUCAAUCACCCUGACAUCUGUUGGGAAGGCAAUACAGCAGUGUGCAGGCAAUCUAGGAAGUUUUUGGAGAGUAUUGGGUACAACUUCAUGGUGCAGGUGCUGGAGUGGCCAAGUAGGGGCCAUGCUCUUCUUGACCUGCUGCUCACAAACAGGGAAGAAUUGGUAGGGGAUGUAGUAGUGAAUGGCAACUUGGGCAUCAGUGACCACAAGAUGAUUGUGUUCAGGAUCCUGAGGAAAGGAAGGAUGGAGAGCAACAGAUUAAGAACCCUGGACUUCAGAAAAUCAGAUUUCAACUCACUUAGGAAACUCAUGGGCAGGAUCCUGUUGGAAGCCAGACUGAGGGGGAAAGAAGUUCAGGAGAUCUGGCUGUACUUCAAAGAAUCCUUACCGAGAGUGCAGGAACAAAUCAUAACAAUGUUCAGGAAGACUAGCAAGUAUGGCAGAAGACCACCUUGGCUUAGCAGGGAACUCUUCAGUAAACUAAAUCACAAAAAGGAAGCUUAUAAGAAGUGGAAACUUGGACAAAUAACUAGGGAAGAAUAUCAGAUCAUUGCUCGGGCAUGCAGGGAAGGCCAAAGGCCAUUGGUUGAAGUCAGGAAGGCCAAAGCACAAUUGGAGUUGCAGCUAGUAAGGGAUGUGAAAGGUAACCAGAAGGGUUUCUAGAAGUAUGAGGGUAGCAAGAGGAGGAUCAGGGAAAAUGUAGGUCCCUUACUGAAUGAGGGAGGCAGCUUUGUGACAGAGGAUGCAGAAAAGGCUGAAGUGCUCAAUGCCUUUUUUGCCUUAGUCUUCACAGGUAAGGUUAGCUUCCAGAUUACUGCACUGGGCAGCACAGUUUGGGGAGGAGGUGAGCAGCCCUCAGUGGUGAAAGAACCAGUUAGGGACUACUUAGAAAAGCUGGAUGUGUACAAGUGCAUGGGGCCGGAUGGGAUGCACCCAAGGGUGCUGAGAAAGUUGGCUGUUGUGACUGCAGAGCCAUUAGUCAUCAUUUUUUAAAAUUCAUGGCAAUCAGAAGUCCUGGUUGAUUGGAAAAGGGCAAACUUCAUGCCCAUUUUUAAGUAUGGGAAGAAGGAGGAUCCAGGGAACUACAAACCAGUUAGCCUCACCUCAGUCCCUGAAAAAACCAUGGAGCAGAUCCUCAAGGAAUCCAUUUCUAAGCACUUGGCAGAGAAAAUGGUGAUUAGGAACAGUCAGCAUGGGUUCACCAGGGACAAGUCAUGCCUGGUCAACCUGAUUGCUUUCUAUGAUGAGGGGAUUGAAUCUGGAUGCGGGGAGACUGGUGAAUGUGGUAUACCUUGAUUUUAGCAAGGCUUUUGAUACGGUCUCCCAUAGCAGUCUCGUUGGCAAGCUAAGGAAGUAUGGGCUGGAUGAAUGGACUGUAAGGUGGAUAGAAAACUGGCUGGAGCUUAAGGCUCAGAGUAAUAAUCGAUGGCUUGAUAUCUAGUUGGCAGCUGGUAUUAAGUGGAGUGCCUCAGGGGUAGGUCCUAAGGCCAGUUUUGUUCAGUGUCUUCAUCAGUGACCUGGAUGAUUUCAUAGACUUCAUAGACAUUAGGGCUGGAAGGGACCUCAGAAGAUCAUCGAGUCCAGCCCCCUGCCCGAAGGGGCAGGAAGUCAGCUGGGGUCGUAGGAAUUUAUGGUAGAGAGGGCACCCUCAGCAAGUUUGCAGAUGACACCAAGCUGGCAGAAGUAGUAGAUAUGCUGGAGAGUAGGGCUAGGAUUUAGAGUGACUUAGACAAAUUGGAGUAUUAGGCCAAAAGAAAUCUCAUGAGGUUCAAGAAGGACAAGUGCAAAGUCCUGCACUUAGGAUGGAACAAUCCCAUGCACCGGUACAGGCUGGGGGCUGAGUGGUUGGGCAGCAGCUCUGCAGAAAAGGACCUAGGAGUUACAGUGGACGAUAAGCUGAAUAUGAGCCAGCAGUGUGCCCUUGUUGCCAAAAAAGCUAAUGGCAUACUGGGUUGCAUUGGUGGGUAUGUUGCCAGUAGUUCAAGGAAAAUUAUUAUUCCCUUCUAUUCAGCACUGAUGAAGCCACAUCUGGAGUACUGUGUUCAGUUUUGGGCACCUCACUACAGAAAGGAUGUGAACAAAUUGGGCAGAGUCCAGCAGAGGGCAUCAAAAAUGAUGAGGGGCCUGGGGGACAUGACUUAUGUGGAAAGACUGCGGGAAUUGGGCUUAUUUAGUCUAGAGAAGAGGAGACUGAAAGGGGAUUUAAUAGCCUUCAACUACCGGAACAGGGAUUUGAAAGAGGAUGGAGCUGGGCUGUUCUCAGUGGUGGCAGACAUUGGCGAUGCAUAGGGGGUGCACGCAGGUGCAUGUGCACCCCCUGAGAUUGGUAGUGCAUCCCCUGAAAGAAGUGCUGGCAAUGCUGCCAGUGGCACCUGCGGGUAGUCACUGCUUGCCACUCUCCCCUUGCUGCUGACACUGCCGGUGGUGUCUGCAGGUGGUCGCCCAUCCCCACUACUGGCGGUGCCCGUGAGCAGUUGCCACCCCCUCUCUCCCCCAGCUGGUGACACUGCUGUGGCCGCCUGCAGGAGCUCCCCGCUUGCCACCACCACCUCUACCUGCGGGCGGUCACUGUGCCCCUUCCUCCCCACCCCCCCCCCAGCCUCCGGGGGCAUGCAACUUUGGCUGGGAUGAUCUAGUUGGAGCUGGUCCUGCUUUGAGCACGGGGUUGGACUAGAUGACCUCCUGAGUUCCAUUCCAACCCUAGCUUUCUAUGAUUCUAUAAUGCAGUGAGGGAGUGGGGGGGGGGGGUGCCUAUGCACUGGGGGUGCCUGCAUGGUGCUGCACAAUGGCAUGUGACCUGUGGUAUGCAGCCCAUCCCCCAAGCCUCUUGGCCACUCAGAAGUUGGACAGCCCUGUUCUACAACAUCCCAUUUCUAGAAUUUCCUUCAAGUUUUGGAGGUGUGAUUGGGGCUGUGAACUACUCCUAAUCACUGUAAUAUAGAAACUACAAGUUUGAGAGCAUUUAUUAAUAACUAAGGCUGCUAAUAUAGAAGUGCUGUGACCCCAAUUGCAUUACAGUUUGUCCAGGUUUUUCAGUAGCCUGGUAUCUUUUGUUUGUUUGCUAGGGCAGCUAGAUUUUACAAAUAGAAGGGUAACCUGCUUAAGAUAGUCAUUAAUCCAUGCAGAUCGUGAAGUUUCUCAUGUAUGAAGUUUCAGUUGUCUUUGUGACAAGUGGGAAAUAACUUGAGAGCAAUCUUUUUCACCUGUGUAAGUUCAGAAUAUAUAUGAUCAUCUCUGCUUCAUAUGGCAGAAUGUCAACUGACCUGAUUUUUGGGAAGCUUUUGGGUGACUGCAUGCAUCUGCCUUGAAUAGAAGUUUUGAACUAGAUGAUUUCCUGGAGUCCCAUGCAGCCCUAUUUUUCCAUGCUUCUAUGAUGCAUUGCAUAGGGUAGACAUUGAUGAGCGAGUAAUAGAAAAGGACUGCUAAUAUGGAUAAUAUAUAUUAAAUUGAUCUUAUUUUACAUAGAGAUGUAAUGAUCUAAUCAAAUAUUUUAUAAUGGGUAUUUGUUGGGUUUUGUUGAUUUGAUAUCACAGCAGAUUAGACCCCAUUUUAUGAGAACUAUUGAAAAAGAAACUUAUAAAAUUUCAGCACAAAUUCCUUUUGACUUGACCUCUAACAAGCAAGAAGUACUUGAGUUAAGUUUAGGAAAAGGAGAUAAAAGUAAUUUGCAACAUGAAAGUCUGGAAGUUGUUUCAUCAUUUCCAUAUUCUGACCAUGAAAAAUAUAAAAAUGAAAUCAGGCCUUGUCAACAACCUGAUAGAAAUAUUUCAGAAACGAGAAAAUUAAUUAAUUUUCCAGAAGAUGAUGAAAGUACCAACUCAACUUUCAGAAAAAGCUUAUUUAAAACAACUGAUUUUACAUAUGCAAAUAAAGAACAUAAAGAUAAUUUCCUUUUUGGCAGUGGAACUGACAUUUCUUGUAAGAUAAUUAAAAAUAUAAAAGAGAAUAAAAAAGAGUUAUGGAAAAAUAAUAGUAUGCAGGUACUUCAGGAUUCAGAUUUCAAUCUGCAAAGUGUAAAUGACGUGUUUUCUGCUUGUGAAAAUGGAAAAGGAGUCAAAGUACAAUCAUUUCUUCAUGCUUCAGAGACUUCAAAUGUGGAAGGAGCUGUAGCAAAAAAAAUGGAGGUCCUGAGAGCUGUUACAGAAAUCCCUUCUCCAUUUAGAAAUAUUUUCAAGGAUUUUCCAUAUUUUAACUACAUACAAUCCAAGGCUUUGGAUGAUCUUCUUUACACAGAUAGGAAUUUUGUGAUUUGUGCUCCAACUGGCUCUGGAAAAACUGUAAUGUUUGAACUAGCUAUUACCAGGCUACUAAUGGAAGUGCCAAUGCCUUGGUUAAAUAUUAAAAUUGUAUAUAUGGCACCCAUAAAAGCUCUGUGCAGUCAGCGAUUUGAUGAUUGGAAAGAGAAAUUUGGACCUAUUGGGCUUAGCUGUAAGGAACUGACAGGAGAUACAGUCGUGGAUGAUUUAUUUGAAAUACAACAUGCUCAUAUUAUUAUGACCACGCCAGAAAAAUGGGAUAGUAUGACUAGAAAAUGGAGAGACAACUCUUUAGUCCAGCUGGUACAAUUAUUCCUCAUUGAUGAGGUACAUGUUGUGAAAGAUGAAAGCCGGGGUGCAACACUUGAGGUGGUAGUCAGUCGGAUGAAAACGGUACAAUCUUCCUUUUCAUGUAGCUCAGAGAAUCCCAACACAGUUCCUUCCAUGAGAUUUGUGGCUGUUUCUGCAACAAUCCCGAAUGCUGAAGAUAUUGCAGAAUGGCUGACAGAUGAUAAGAAGCCUGCUGUAUGUUUGAAAAUAGAUGAGAAUUUCCGACCAGUGAAGCUUCGCAAAGUUGUUCUUGGAUUUCCCUGCAGUGGCAACCAAACAGAAUUUAAAUUUGACUUAACUCUUAACUACAAAAUAGCAAGUGUUAUACAAACAUACUCUGAACAAAAACCAGCACUUGUGUUUUGUGCCACAAGGAAAGGAGUACAGCAAGCUGCUUCUGUUCUUGCAAAAGAUGCUAAAUUCAUAAUGACUACAGAACAGAAACAAAGAUUACAACGGUCUGCAAAUUCAAUAAAAGAUUCCAAACUAAGAGAUCUCUUAAUAUAUGGUGUGGCUUAUCAUCAUGCUGGUAUGGAGUUAUCUGAUAGAAAAAUAAUUGAAGGAGCAUUUACUGUGGGAGACUUGCCUGUACUUUUUACUACUAGUACCUUAGCUAUGGGAGUAAAUUUACCUGCACAUCUGGUUGUUAUAAAAUCCACAAUGCAUUAUGUUGGAGGAAUGUUUCAAGAAUAUAGUGAAACUGAUAUUCUGCAAAUGAUUGGGAGAGCAGGAAGACCACAAUUUGACACAACCGCUGCAGCUGUUAUUAUGACUCGCUUAAGUACAAGAGAGAAGUAUGUACAGAUGUUAAAUGGUGCAGAUACAAUAGAGAGCAGUUUACAUAAACAUCUUGUUGAGCAUUUAAAUGCGGAAAUAGUGCUGCAUACCAUAACAAAUGUGAAUAUAGCUUUGGAAUGGAUAAGAUCAACUUUCCUAUACAUCAGAGCUCUGAAAAAUCCAGUUCAUUACGGUUUUUCACCUGGAUUAGACAGAGUUGGAAUUGAAGCAAAGUUACAAGAAUUGAGUUUGAAGAAUGUGAAUGAUCUAGCUUCUCAUGACUUGAUCAAGAUGGAUGAAAAACUGAAUUUCAGACCAACAGAAAAUGGAAGACUAAUGGCUUGGUACUAUAUUGCAUUUGAUACAGUGAAACAGUUUUCUACAAUUAAAGGAACAGAGACUUUAUCCGAACUGGUCACAAAGAUAUCUAGCUGCACUGAAUUUUCAGAUAUCAAGUUAAGAACAAGUGAAAAGAAAAUACUGAAUGCUUUGAAUAAGGACAAGAACAGGAUAACUAUCAGGUUUCCAAUGGAAGGGAAGAUAAAAACAACAGAAAUGAAAGUAAACUGUCUUAUUCAGGCUCAGCUAGGAUGCAUUCCUAUUCAAGACUUUACUUUGACGCAAGAUAUAGGCAAAAUUUUCAGAAAUGGCAUAAGAGUUACUAAAUGGUUGUCUGACUUUCUGGCACCACAGAGAAACAGCUUUUCUGCACUAUUAAACUCCUUAAUUUUAGCUAAGUGUUUCAGAUGCAGACUGUGGGAAAACUCACUGCAUGUUUCCAAACAGCUGGAAAAAAUUGGUGUGAUGCUGUCAAAUGCAAUGGUAAAUUCAGGUCUGACAUCAUUUAAAAAAAUAGAAGAUACAAAUGCAAGAGAACUUGAAUUGAUCUUAAACAGACACCCUCCUUUUGGAAACCAAAUAAAAGAGUCUGUGAUACACCUUCCAAAAUAUGCACUUGAUAUUGAGCAGGUUUCAAAAUACAGUGAUACAGUGGCUGAAAUCAUAGUGACUAUCAUAUUAACAAACUUCAAACAACUGCAGACAAAGAGAACAGCACCAGAUUUCCAUUAUGUAACCUUGAUAAUAGGAAAUGCUGAUAAUGAAGUCGUUUUUAAACAAAAAAUUAUAGAUUCGGCCUUGCUGAAAACUGGAAAUUGGACUAAAAAAAUUGAAGUGAAAAGAGCUCUUAAAUCAGAGGAACUUAGCAUAAAUGUAAUCAGUUCUGACUAUGUUGGGCUUGAUAUUCAGCAAAACUAUACAGCCUUUUUCUUAGGAGCAAAAAGGUUUGGAAAUCAAGUAGCUGUACACAGAAAAUCAGAUGCUGAGUCUUCACUUGAUGUAUAUCACGCACCUUCAAUAAAAGCAUCUUCAGCAAGAAUAGAUACUGGAAGCACUUGUAACCAAGAGGUCUCCUACACAAGACCUGGGAACAGAGAAUGCAACCAUCACUGUAAGAAUAAAGAUGCCUGUGGACAUGACUGCUGUAAAAUUGGAGUUUCUCAGAAGUCUGAGUUGAAGAGAGAUUCAAAAUUUUCUUCAUACCUAUCUGACUUAAGGAACAGAAGCUCAAUUUCAUCUGUACCCCCAGUGAAACGAUUAAAGAUGCAGCUACUGAAUCGAACUCAGAAUGUGGAUCUUAAACACUUUGUUUAUACACCCAACUCUUUGCUGCCAGCAUUGCCAAGAUCUGAAUACAAAGAGUCUCCUGCAUCUUCAGUAGAUCAGUGUGAAAAUGUUGAUAACCUUGGAAGAUUUCAGAAACAACUACAACAGGAGAGCUAUGGAAAGAUUAAUUUAUCUUGGAAACAUUCUUCAGCUGUGGGUGAGAAGACCCAUCAGGCAAUGAUGUCAAACAAAAAUCUUGAAUCUUCAAUGCCUAACUUGACUGAUGCAGAUAAAAGCAGCUCUUGGUUUUCAAAGACUCUGAAUGUGAACUUCGAGUUGGGAGAUGAGGUUUGGGAUGAUUUUGAUGAUGAGAAAUUAAUAUAUGCUUGCAGCUUUUCCAGUGAUGUGGCAAAUAAAGAUUUAGGAUCUGGAAGCUCCUGCCUUCAAAAUACAAUACAACAUAAACCACUAUUCCAGAACACACAAUACGAAGUCAUAAGUGACACUUCAGGAAAUGUUGGCAAGUUGCAAGAUAAGAUGGGUGUUCAUCCACAGAAUUCUCUCUCGCCCACAUUAAAUGCGCCAUCAAAAAUGAAAUUACCAACACAGAAUGGAAAUACAAAUAAUUUCAGCUUUCAAGAAAAAAAACAUCCCAAUCCUUCUGAGGUAAAAAAACCAUUUUGUUCUUCAAACUCAGGAACAGUCUCAGAGUCUUCUAAAAGCAGUGAAAAAGGGGAUUUUUUUAUUUGUAAUAAAGAAAGAAAAAGUGAAAUUAAUCUCAGAUAUCUUCCAGAUGAUGAAGCCAAUGAUGUUAAGCCUUUUCUUGGAAUAUUUGAUGGUAUUUUCUAAAACAUAUAAAAACAAGAUAUAUCAUAAAUUCUGAAACAUAAAACUCGCCAGAAUGAAAACUCUUCAAAUACAGUUACAGAAUUUAUUUGAUAACUGUUCAUUAAUAGCCAACUUUGCUUCACAGGCUAGAUAACAAAAACAUUGCUAGCUAAUUUACACAAUUCCAUGUAUGUUUCUGUCUUUUUAAAAGUUAUUUAAGCCUCUUUGUUAAAAUAACUUGCUGUUUUCAGGAUUAUAAAUAAAAGUAUUUGAAAGUA